AUGAGCAACGGCGCGCCGAGUGCGGACGCGAAGAGUUGCGAUGGCAGGGCGAGUCGCGACGGCGGUCGCGAUCACACGAUGAGCCGCGGCGUGAUGAGCUGCGACGGCGCGGCGAGCAUUGGCAAGGCGAGCAAUGGCCGCACCAUGAUGGGCGGCAUGACGAGCGGCGCGGCUAUAACGACUCUUGGUGCAGUGGUCGCGAGCAGCGAAGACACGCUGAGCCACAAUUGCCCGCUGAGCGAUGGCACGACGAGCCAUUGCGCGGCGAGCAAUGGCAGAACCAUGACGGGCGGCAACACGAGCGGCGCGGUUACAACAGCUCUUGGUGCGGAGGUCGCGAGCAGCGAUGGCACGCUCAGCCACAAUGGCCCAAUGAGCGAUGGUACGACGAGCCAUGGCGAGGCGAGCAACGGCCGCAUCAUGACGGGCGGCAUGACGAGCGGCGCGGCUACGACGCUCGGGGCAGAGGCGAGCGCGAGCGCGACUGGCACGAUCGGCGCGAUGACCGGCGCGAUGACCGGCGCGGCGAGGGGCAACCUCAGCACAGCGGUCGCCGGGAGCGACCGCCGAUGCACGGAGCGCAAGGACGCGACGCACGAAUGCUGGCAGCGCUGA